AGAGAGUUAUAUAAUAUUAGAGAGAGAGAGAGAAAGAGAGAGCGCAGUUGCCAGCUAUCACGAAGACGAAGACGAAGUUGGCGCUGGCUGCUCCUGCUUUUCCCUUAUCAGACCUUUGCUCUUCUCUUCUCUUCUCUUCGUCACUGUUCUUCAAUCUCAUCAAUGGCUUUUUCAGUCAUCAUUUUCGUUUCCUUUUUCUCUGUUCUCCUUUCAGCCACCUCUACCAAUAUCAUAUCAUUAGGAGACGGAGUUGAAGAUUCAGAAACCAGAUUGAAGGAUUUGUAUCAGGAAAUCCUCAGGGAUGAAGCAGUGUUAAGGCUUCAACAGCUUGGUCAGGUAACUGAUUCUGAUGGCUAUUUAGAGAGGACAUUCUUAAGCCCAGCUUCUGUGAUAGCAGGGAAUCUUAUUCGACAGUGGAUGGAGGAUGCUGGUUUGAGAACGUGGAUUGACUGUAUGGGGAAUGUGCACGGUCGGGUUGAGGGAAGGAAUACAACUGCUGAGGCCCUGUUAAUCGGUUCUCAUUUUGAUACUGUUAUUGAUGCCGGGAUCUUUGAUGGGCCAUUGGGAAUCAUCUCUGCAUUAGCUGCAGUGAAGGUUUUGAAUAUCAGUGGGAAGUUGGGAUUGCUAAGGCGGCCAGUUGAGGUGAUUGCAUUUAGUGAUGAGGAGGGAGUAAGGUUUCAAUCUACAUUUCUAGGUAGUGCUGCUGUUGCUGGAGUUUUGCCAGUUUCAACAUUGCAAAUAUCUGAUAAAAGUGGUUUAACGGUUCAAGAUGUUCUUAAGAAGAAUUCAAUUGAUAUUACAGAGGAAAACUUGUUGCAGCUCAAGUAUGACCCAAAGACUGUUUGGGGUUAUGUUGAGGUUCACAUUGAGCAAGGUCCAGUGUUAGAAUGGGCUGGCUUUCCUCUAGGAGUGGUUGAAGGCAUAGCUGGUCAGACAAGACUGAAGGUUACUGUCAGAGGUUCUCAAGGGCAUGCUGGAACUGUUCCAAUGUGUAUGCGUCGGGAUCCUAUGGCUGCUGCAGCUGAAAUGAUUGUAUUUUUGGAAAGUCUUUGUAAACAUCCAGAAAAGUUCCUGUCUUACGAUAGUAACUGCAACAAUUCCACAUUAGAUUCACUUUCAAAUUCUCUUGUUUGCACUGUUGGAGAAAUAUCGACAUGGCCAAGUGCAAGUAACGUCAUUCCAGGCCAGGUUACAUUCACGGUUGAUUUACGUACCAUAAAUGACAUGGGACGUGAGGCUGUGAUUUACGAAUUAUCGGAUCGGAUAUACCAAAUAUGUGAUACACGAUCAGUAUCAUGCACAAUUGACCGCAAGCAUGAUGCCGAUGCAGUAAUAUGUGAUUCUGAGCUGAGUUCACAGCUCAGGUCUGCAGCAUUCACUGCGGUCAAGAGAAUGAGAGGCGAGAUCCAGAGUGAAUUGCCAGUCUUAAUGAGUGGAGCAGGACAUGAUGCAAUGGCAAUAUCUCAUUUAACAAGGAUUGGUAUGUUAUUCGUCCGCUGUCGUGGAGGAGCAAGUCAUUCACCCGCAGAGCAUGUAUUGGAUGAUGAUGUUUGGGCAUCUGGUUUGGCGCUCUUGUCAUUCAUAGAAACUCAGUUGUAAAUUAGAAAUAUUUAGCAACAUCACUGUACAGUAGCAUCUCAAUAACAUUAAGUUAAUAAUGUAUGUUGUUUCUCAAUUGUACAUUUCUCUCUGUAGACUUUGGAUAAUGCCAUUAUUUAAAUCACUUAAUUCUCAUCUA